UUAGCGCGCGUUGUAGCCGACGCCAUGGUGGCGGGAGGUGGCGCUAACACAUUUAUGCUUGCUUUCCGUCGUGUUUAUAAGGGGGCGCUUGCACCUAAAAAAUCAAUUAAUUGCUGGUAAAACUUUUAAAAAGUCAACAUGGAUGCAGCAGAGGCCGCCACAGGGACGGCUACUCCACAGACGCUGACUGAUAUCCAGUCUUACUUGGACACGUUUAAUAAGGAGAUACAGGAUGCACCACCAGGCUCAGCAGCAGCGCAGUCUGGUGGCCAGAUGGUGUAUGUAACCUCGGGCAGUGCGGACACGACGGAUCAGCAGCAGGUGCUCUACGUUGCAUCCGGUACUGGCGCGGAGAGUGAAUCACCAGAUGUUGGUGGAGGUGACGGGCAGCAGCAGGUGGUGUUUGUCACUACGGAUGAUCAGGGUAACAUCCAAUACACGACUGCAGAUGGCUCAGAAUAUGAUCCCUCGUUACACGAGCAAGAGCAAGUGGCUGACCUGGCACAUUUCAAAGAGGAGUCACAAGAGAUGGAGGGCGCCACCGUAGCAGGACAGACACAGGGUGGCGAGGCGCUCCAUGAUUCUGGCAUCAGUGGUCUGGUGAACGCAGCCACAGAGGGCAUAGGCGUGCAGCAACAGGGUGGAGCUCAGCGCCAACAGGAGCCUAUGGUAGCAUUGCAACCUGGAGCGGUGCUAGAGGGAGAGCAUGCAGUACUGCAUCAGGACCAGGUGGGAGAAGCAGGGGUGCUGGUGGACCAGUCUGGUAACGUCAUUCAGUCGUCUGAGGCGUCGAUUGUGAAUGCUGACACAGCUGAGCAGGGGGAGGAUGACACACUGCAGAUGAUGGCUAACAUAGCCGAGCAGGCGCAGGCGAUGGGCGACGGGCAGAACGUGAUCCUGAACACAGGCAACUCCUACCAGACGGUGACCAUUGUUCCGUCCGACACCAACCCGGACGAGGUCAGCUAUGUGCUGAUCGUAUCGCAGCCGGACGAUAAGGACAAGGACUUGAGUGUGUAUGACUUCAACGAUGAGGGCCAGGCCAUCACGGAGCAAGUGGAUGCAGACGGCAAGAAGAUAAUUAGGGUACAGACACACACACGAGAAACCGCACAGGUGUACGGAGUGCGAUUACUCGAGCGUCGAGCUGAGCAAGCUGAAGCGGCACAUGCGCUGUCACACGGGGGAGCGACCCUACCAGUGCCCGCACUGCACCUACGCGAGUCCAGACACGUACAAGCUGAAGCGGCAUCUACGCAUACACACAGGUGAGAAGCCGUACCAGUGCGAGGUGUGUCAGGCUCGAUUCACGCAGAGCAACUCGCUGAAGGCCCACCGGCUCAUCCACUCCGGCAACAAGCCCAUCUACCAGUGCGAGCUGUGUCCGACAACGUGCGGCCGCAAGACCGACCUACGAAUACACAUUCAGAAGCUGCACACUAGUGACAACCCGAUCAAGUGCAAGCGCUGCGGCAAGGACUUUCCCGACCGCUACGCCUACAAGAUCCACGCGAAGACGCACGACGGCGAGAAGUGCUUCAAGUGCGACCUCUGCCCGUACGCGUCGCUCACGCAGCGCCACCUUGAGUCGCACAUGCUCAUUCAUACGGACCAGAAGCCCUUCCAGUGUGAGCAGUGUGUCCAGACAUUCCGGCAGAAGCAGCUGCUGAAGCGGCACCAGAACCUGUACCACAACCCGGACUAUGUGCCGCCGAUCCCGCGCGAGAAGACGCACGAGUGCCCCGAGUGUCACAAGCUGUUCCGCCACAAGGGCAACCUGAUACGCCACCUGGCGCUGCACGACCCGGAGGCGACCACCGACCAGCAGAUCGCCGCCGAGGACCUGGAGGGGGAGGACUCGAUGGAUGAGGAUCACAUGGUGCAGCUGGUGGAGUCUGAGCACAUUGAGCCUGACAGUUCUGAUGAGGAUGGAGAGGAGGGAGAAGCCAGACCAGACCUUCCCCACACUGGGGUGGAUGCUCCUCCCAGCAUGCCGCGCGACAUGGCCGUGUCCGUGCAGCCGGUGGUGACGCCCAUCAGGGGGCAGCGGCGAGGGCGGCCGCGCAAGAUCAAGAUCGAGGUGAACGACGACGAACCGUUCGACGACGGGGACGAGGAAUAUACGCCGACCAAGCGCAAGCGCAAGGAAGCCUUCUUUUGGUUCUUGUAUUAG